AUGUCUCCAAAUAUGACCUGUGAAGCUAUCCAGUCUUUCUCUCCAAGGCUUACUGUGGCCAAAAGAAAGGAGGCUCUUGAGCUUAGAAAGACUAUGAAGCCUUUGAUGGAAAAAAGAAGGCGCGCCCGAAUCAACGACAGCCUGAACCAUUUAAAAAGCCUGAUCCUUCCCCUCACAGGAAGAGAUAAGUCUCGCUACUCAAAGCUUGAGAAAGCCGACAUCCUGGAAAUGACUGUGAGGUUCCUCAGCGACAUUCCCCCAAUUAACGCAAAAGAUGCCACAGACAACUACAAAGAGGGCUUCAAAGCCUGCCUUCAGCGCGUCUCCGCUCUGCUUCCCAAAACGAGCUUGGAUCAGGACGCGCGCCAAAGGAUGACCGAAUUCAUCCAGCAUUCCACUCCCGCCAGCGUCAAGCCAUCUUGCCUGAAUUGCUGUUCCCAGAGCUCCAGUACAUUCCCUCAGAUUCACCAAAGACUCCUGAACCUCAAAUCCAGCUUCAGCACCAACCUGGAGAGCAAGUCCCGCAGCAGCAGCGCAGUGGCUCCCGGCCGCGCGCAGCCAGUCCCGCAGGCUGUCAGCGCGUCCAUGUGGAGACCCUGGUAG